GCAGUCUGGGCUGGGUUUGCUUGCUGCUUACAAGGAGAGGCACUCUUGCAUUCAUGGUGGUGCAGUGAUAACCUUGGCAUUAUUUUUUCCCCCCUUUUCUUUUUUCUUUGCACACAGGGAAAGCCCAUGUCUUUCUUAUAGACAUGAUGAGCUUUGUGCAUUUAAGGACUUUCCUUUUUCUGGUGGUGUCCGUGGCUCAGGUUUUGAUUGUAACAUGUCAAGACGCGACCAGUGGAGAUGAUGCGGACUGCAAGGCUGACGGCCAGGUGUACACAAACAGGGACAUCUGGAAGCCAGAGCCAUGCCGGAUCUGCGUUUGUGACAACGGUCAGGUCCUGUGCGAUGAAAUCCAGUGCGACGAGGUGACCAACUGUGAGAAGAUAAUCAUCCCCGACGGCGAGUGCUGCCCUGUCUGUGCGGCGACAUCCACCGACGGCGGUGGCGGUGGCGGCGGCGGAGGCACUUUCGGUGGAAACAGGAUCUAUAAGGGUCAGAAGGGUGAACCUGGCGAUGUCCCACUUAUCACUGGAAUUGUGGGCCGUCCUGGACCUAUGGGACCCCCCGGCUCUCCAGGAGAUCGAGGACCACGUGGAAACAAAGGAAGGCCUGGCCUGCGCGGUGUUGCAGGUUACGAUGGAGAGCCUGGUGUGCCAGGUCAGCCUGGUGAACCAGGGCCUCCAGGACAUCCAACACACCCAGGGGGUCUCGGAGCCCACAUGGCUUCAGGGUUUGACGGCAAAUCGGGACCACAAGGCAUGCUGAGCGGCUCAAGGGGUGAGUCAGGAACAAGAGGACCUCCUGGCCCAAACGGCACACCAGGUCAGUCUGGACAACAAGGGCCCCCUGGAGAUGUUGGAGAGCCAGGACAAAUGGGUCCAUCUGGCCAGAGGGGACCUGAAGGUCCUCCAGGGAAACCAGGUGAAGAUGGAGAGUCAGGCAAAUCAGGAAAUCCUGGAGAGAUUGGAUUCCCUGGAUCAGCGGGUCCUAGAGGAUUCCCUGGUACCCCCGGACCUCCUGGACUGAAGGGUCACAGAGGCCACGGUGGACCACAAGGCCAAAAAGGUGAAUUUGGAGCUGUUGGAUCUAAGGGUGCCACUGGCCCCCCUGGUCCAAUGGGAGGACCUGGACCCAUGGGUCCCGCUGGAAUGCCAGGGGAGAGAGGACGUCCAGGACCCGGCGGUAUUGCAGGGAAACGUGGGUCACCUGGUAAUCUUGGAAAACCUGGUCCAAUGGGUCCUCUGGGUCUCAGUGGCCCAGCUGGAUAUCCAGGAACCCCAGGAAUGAAGGGACAACCUGGUCCCACUGGAGUCAGGGGUCCCGAGGGCCCACAGGGACAGAGAGGAGAGACCGGUCAUCAGGGUAGAGCUGGACCAGUUGGCUUGCAGGGACCCAUGGGCACAGAUGGUGGGCCUGGUGCCAAGGGACCAGUGGGUAAUCUUGGUCCACAAGGUCAAGGUGGCCAUAUUGGACCCCCUGGCCCGCCAGGACCUCAAGGAAGCACUGGUCAGCCUGGUAUUAAAGGGCAACUGGGAGAUGUUGGUGUACCAGGAUUUAAAGGAGAAGCUGGACCCAAAGGAGAAUCUGGUCCGUCAGGGUCCCAGGGUGUGAUUGGACCUCAGGGCGAGGAAGGAAAGCGAGGGCCACGUGGAGACUCUGGCUCUGUCGGUCCUGCUGGUCCUGUUGGUGAGAGAGGAUCUCCUGGUAACAGAGGAUUCCCUGGUGCUGAUGGGCUUCCAGGGCCUAAGGGUGCUCAAGGAGAUCGUGGAACAUCUGGACCACCAGGGCCCAAAGGUUCUCUAGGAGACCCUGGUCGUACAGGAGAACCUGGUCUACCAGGUGCAAGGGGUCUUACUGGUACCCCUGGAGUCCAGGGGGCAGAAGGCAAGCCAGGACCACUGGGUGCCCCAGGUGAGGAUGGUCGUCCAGGUCCAGCAGGGUCCAUUGGAAACAGAGGUCCUGCAGGAACUAUGGGAGUUCCAGGCCCCAAGGGCUUCAGCGGUGACCCAGGAAAGACAGGUGAACAAGGAUCUGCAGGCGUGUCAGGUCAAAGGGGACCUCCUGGAAAAGAUGGUGAAGUGGGCCCAGCUGGUCCCCCAGGACCAUCUGGUGUUGCAGGAGACAGAGGAGAGCAAGGACCUCCAGGUGUAAAUGGAUUCCAGGGUCUGCCUGGAAAUCAAGGUCCCCCAGGAGAACCUGGAAAACCAGGCGAUCAAGGAAUUCCUGGAGAGCUUGGUGCUGUUGGUCAAAUUGGACCGAGGGGGGAGCGUGGGAUACCUGGAGAGAGAGGCGAUUUAGGCCCAAAUGGUCUGCAGGGACCUAAAGGAAUUCCUGGUGCACCUGGUCCAGAUGGACCAAAGGGAAGCCCUGGUCCUACAGGUGCACUGGGUGAUGUGGGUCCUCCAGGUCUUCAGGGAAUGCCAGGAGAAAGAGGCAUCUCUGGGCCUUCUGGGCCUAAAGGUGACAGGGGGUCAAUUGGUGAGAAAGGAUCAGAAGGUACACCAGGAAAUGAUGGAGCAAGAGGGGCCCCAGGUCCUGUUGGCCCACUAGGACCUGCUGGACCCAGUGGUGAGAAGGGUGAACCUGGACCCAAAGGACCAGCUGGACCGCCAGGAUCCAGAGGAAUGCCUGGAGCAAGAGGUGAACCUGGUCCAAUUGGUGCUGUUGGAUUUUCUGGACCCCCUGGUCCUGAUGGUCAACCUGGAGUCAAGGGAGAGCCUGGAGAGCCAGGCCAGAAAGGAGAUGCUGGAUCACCUGGACCUCAAGGCUUGUCUGGCGCUCAUGGACCUCCUGGACCUGUAGGUGUUGCUGGGCUGAAAGGCGGAAGAGGAACACAGGGCGCACCGGGUCCCACUGGUUUCCCUGGAUCUGCAGGAAGAGUGGGACCACCCGGCCCAACUGGACCAGUUGGAGAACCUGGACCUCUUGGGCUUCCAGGAAAAGAGGGACCUCGCGGUCUUCGUGGAGACCAUGGACCCCCUGGAAGACAAGGAGAGCAUGGUCCACCAGGACCAUCAGGCAGCCCAGGGGACAAAGGAGACUCUGGCGAAGAUGGACCCACGGGUCCCGAUGGUCCUCCAGGUCCAGCUGGAACCACAGGACAGAGAGGAAUUGUCGGUCUUCCUGGUCAGAGAGGAGAGCGUGGAAUGCCAGGUCUUCCAGGACCAGGGGGUCCACCAGGAAAACAGGGUUCUCCAGGAUCAUCUGGAGAGAAAGGUCCCCCAGGUCCAGUUGGUUCUCCUGGUGCUAAUGGACCUCGUGGUGAUCCUGGUCCUGAUGGCCCUGCAGGUUCUGAUGGCCCUCCAGGCAGGGACGGUGUUCUUGGACAAAGAGGAGAUAGAGGAGAUUCUGGUCCAGAGGGAUUGAUUGGGCCACAGGGACUUCCAGGCCCUCCAGGUCCUGUUGGUGCACCAGGUGAUGCUGGAAGGCGAGGAGAGGCUGGCUCAAGAGGACCAGUUGGUCCACCUGGCUCGGCCGGAAAGAGAGGAUUAGUGGGACCCCAAGGACCAAGAGGAGAUAAGGGUGACCUUGGUGAUCAUGGAGAGAGGGGACAGAAGGGACAUCGUGGUUUCACAGGAUUGCAGGGUCUUCCUGGACCUCCAGGUACAACUGGUGAGCAAGGAGCUCCAGGAAUUGUUGGACCAAGUGGUGCCAGGGGACCUCCUGGACCUAUUGGGCCUCAUGGAAAGGAAGGAUACGUUGGACAGCCGGGGCCCAUGGGACCUCCCGGAACUCGUGGUAUCAGUGGAGAAAUUGGACCAGAGGGUCCUCCAGGAGAGCCUGGUCCUGCAGGUCCUCCCGGUCCCCCAGGACCUCCUACGGCUGCCAUGGAUGACCUCUUUGGCCCUCAGGAUUAUGACUCUGGUCCUCCUCCUCCUCCUGAGUUUAGUGAGGAUGAGGCUCUGCCCAACAGCAAUUCCUCCAACUCAGUGGUUGUUGACCCCAGCGUCCAGGCCACGCUGAAGGCUCUCAGCAGCCAGAUUGGCAGCAUGAAGAGUCCAGACGGCAGCAAGAAAUAUCCUGCCAGGACCUGUGAUGACCUGAAGCGAUGCUACCCCAUGAAGAAGAGUGGUGAGUACUGGGUCGAUCCAAACCAAGGCAGUGCUGAGGACGCCAUCAAAGUCUUCUGCAACAUGGACACCGGGGAGACCUGCAUUUCCGCCAACCCGCCCAACAUACCUCGCAAAACGUGGUGGAGCUCCUCCAGGAACAAGCCUGUGUGGUUCGGAGCAGAUAUCAACAGAGGAACUCAAUUUGCUUAUGGCAACAAAGAUCAGCCUGCGAACUCCAUCGCCGUGCAGAUGACCUUCAUCCGCCUCUUGUCCAAGGAGGCAUCUCAAAGCAUCACAUACCACUGCAAGAACUCUGUGGGCUACAAGGACGAGAAGACGGGCAAUUUGAAGAAAGCUGUGAUCCUCAAAGGCUCCAAUGACCUGGAGCUUAAAGCAGAGGGAAACAACCGCUUUAGAUACACAGUGGUGGAAGACUCCUGCUCACAAGCGAAUGGCAACUGGGGCAAGACAGUGUUUGAGUACAGGACACAGAAAACAGCAAGACUUCCAAUUUUGGAUAUUGCUCCUGUUGACAUUGGUGGCCCAAAUCAAGAAUUCGGCAUCGACCUCGGGCCUGUGUGCUUCUUAUAAGAGCGAAAGCAUGGAUGCGUCUAGGACAAUCCUGAGACUUUUGAACUGACCGCUGACACGAUCAGCCACAUUGUACAUACAAGUACUGAGAACUAUUCUGGCCUUGUGGCAAGAUAUUUAUUGUGCCUUUCGACCCAGUUCAAGACAUCGGCGAUUUGUAAGUUAGAAGAAUGUUUAAAAUUGACAUAAAAAAAGGGUUAAACAUCAGAAUCAUUCCUCUGUCUUCUUGUGUAUGCUUGACUUGACUCUUCAUGCAUUUUGAAACUAACUACCGUCUAGUUUAGUCCAAAGAUCUUAGCCUUUAACAUUUUUUCUUUCUUUCACAAGUCAAUAUUACAAAAGAUUUAUGAAUUUAAAAUCUAAAAGAAAUAUUUUAACUGCUGUUUAUAGGCCCAGAAUCCCACUGACACGUUGUCAAAUGUUGUCCGGCAGUGACUCGUUUUUAUGAAUUUGUCCUUUUUUUUCAUUUUAAAUGUCUGAAUAUAAAACAUUGUGGUGCUAUUGAGGAAAUAAAUCCAGCUGAUGACGCCUUUACCAGCUCAGGUAUUUUCUCAUGACAGUUUUGAUGAAACCAAUGUCUGUAUCCAGUUAUUUUACACUCUGUACCGAUCACGUAGAACAUUAAAGACACAUUAAGACUGUCGGUUCCUCAGUGUUAGCUACCUCGUCACCGAAACUGAGAGAAUGAUGACACUACGUGUAAGUCUUUUUCUUUCUUUUUUUUUUUUAUUUUCACAGGUGCUGUUUUGUAAGUAGUGUGAUCUUUGUGCACUUCUCCCGGCUUCGCGGUACAGUGCAGGGUUUGGGGAUGACAAUAAAGAUCUUUCUGUCAAAGAUGGAGAGAUGAAUGAGG